AUGAGCAAGCUCUCGGCUUUCGGAAAUGCGAAUCUCGACGGCGAACCCCCACGUCCCGCAUCUGCGCUGCCCGCGCUGUCCACGGCGGACAAGAGCAAACCUCCUCCCCCCAAAGAUGCGGCCAAGGAGGGCUGUCUGAAGCCCCUGCCGUACGUACAAGCCCACCAUGGACCGCGACCGGCAUUGGCGCCCUUUUCAAAGGAUGGCGUUGGUGCCGCAUUGAGUGACACGCCUGCACCAUCGCAACCAGGAAGCCCGCGAAUGCUCGCUGCCAUGCGCAUGAACUCUGCCGGCUCGACACCACGCAUACGUCCUACCACGCUAGACAUCCCCGGCCUGACCAAGUCGAAAGUCUCGCCAGACGGCAAGAUCGCUCAGCGCGAUGUCGGCUCUAAGCUCGUCAUUGUCAUGGUCGGUCUUCCGGCGCGAGGCAAAAGCUACAUCACAAAGAAAAUGACUCGCUAUUUGAACUGGCUACAGCAUGACACCAGGAUUUUCAACGUCGGUGAGAAGCGACGUGUGGCAGCACACGGCCACGGCAUGCGCGUCUCAUCCGCGGGGCUCGAAAGAAUUCCCUCCGGCCUUAGACAGGCCGUUGAGAACGGAGAUACGCUGCCUCAGAUAGCCGCUAAAAUUCUGAUCAACGGCGAAUCCUCGGGUGGUGCAUACUCUCCACUAAACUUGCCGAGUCCCGCCGGUGAACGUAACGAGUCAGCUAUUGUAGACGACGAUUCACAGGAGAAGACAUUGUCCCCCGCAAAGACCCCGUCUCCAGCUAAGACGCCACGCGUGGAAGUGAAUUCACCUGGGCCCUUAGCACCUACACCAGAGACCAAUAGCGAUGAAAACGAUCCCAUGGACCAGUCGGCGAGCUUCUUCGACCCAUCCAAUAAGAAGGCAGCUCAAAUCCGCGAGCAGUGCGCCAUGGAAACGCUGGACGACCUGCUCGACUGGGUCGUGAAAGGGAAUGGCUCUGUAGGGAUUUUCGACGCCACGAACAGCACUCUUCCACGCCGAAAACAGAUUAUGAAGAAGAUUCGCGAGCGAGCUGGAGAGGAACUGAACGUGCUCUUUGUUGAGUCAGUGUGCCAGGACAAAAAUCUUCUGGAAUCGAACAUGCGAUUGAAGCUUUCGGGUCCAGACUACGAAGGCAAAGAUCCUGUGGCUGCACUGGAGGACUUCAAGAAGCGCGUAGCCAUUUACGAGAAGAAUUACGUUCCCUUGGGCGAUUACGAAGAGGAGAACAAUAUGUCGUACGUCAAGAUGAUCGAUGUGGGUCGCAAGAUGAUCUCGCAUCAAGUCAAGGGAUUUCUCGCAGGACAAGCAGUGUACUACCUACUCAACUUCAAUCUGGCGCCACGCAUGAUAUGGAUCACCCGACACGGCGAGUCGAUGGACAAUGUCGCUGGAAAGAUUGGAGGUGACUCUGAGCUGAGCGCCAACGGAGAGAAAUACGCAAAGGCAAUGGCACGGUUCAUCGACAAGCAACGCAAGGAAUGGGAGAUUCACCGAGCCGACAAGAUCGCGCACACACACUGGCCUCCGGUGGCAGGAGACCAUACACCGCCUAAUCCCUACUUCGGAAGCGAGACUGAGCUAAAGAACUUCUGCGUGUGGAGCAGCAUGCUUAAGCGAAGCAUACAAUCAGCUCAAUUCUUCUGCGACGAGGAUUACGAAGUCAAGCAGAUGCGUAUGCUAGACGAGCUAAAUGCCGGUUACAUGGAGGGCCUCACCUACGAUGAGAUACGUACAAAACACAGAGAAGAGUUCCUGCGCCGAAGAUCGGACAAGAUUUCCUACCGCUACCCCGGUCCCGGCGGAGAAGGCUACCUCGACGUUAUCAACCGAAUCCGUCCCGUCAUCGUCGAGCUUGAGCGCAUGACUGAUCACUGCCUGUUGAUCACCCAUCGCUCGGUCGCUCGCGUAUUACUGGCCUACUUCCAGGGCUUGAAGCGCGAGGACGUGGCAGACCUCGAUUGUCCCCUUGGGAUGCUCUAUCAGCUGGAGCCUAAGCCCUACGGUGUAGAGUUCAAAGCCUGGCGGUACAACCCUGAUAGGGAUGAUUUUGACCACCUCCCUGACUACAAGCUUCGACGAGCCGCCCCUCCUGCCAUCGAUAUAUAG